AUGGGUCGUCUUCAGGAAUACGAGGUCAUCGGCCGCCAUCUGCCCACCGAGGCCAACCCUGCCCCGGCCAUGUACCGCAUGACCAUCUUCGCCCCCAACACCACGGUUGCCAAGUCCCGCUUCUGGUACUUCUUGCGCGGUCUUCGCAAGGUCAAGAAGGCGACGGGCGAGAUCGUCUCGGUCAAGAAGAUUGCCGAGAAGCAUCCCCAUAAGGUCAAGAACUUUGGCCUCUGGAUCCGCUACGACUCGCGCUCCGGCACCCACAACAUGUACAAGGAGUACCGCGAGAUGAGCCGCACCGACGCCGUCGACGCUCUGUACUCGGACAUGGCCGCCCGUCACCGCGCCCGCUUCAGGUCCAUCCACAUCCUCCGUGUCGUCGAGAUCUCCAAGGGCGAAGACGUCAAGCGUCCCUACAUCAAGCAGCUCCUCACCAAGGGUCUCAGCUUCCCUCUUCCCCACCGCAUCACCAAGACUGCUACUAGCAAGAUUUUCAGCGCGAACCGACCUUCCACUUUCGCUUAG